UGCUGAGCAUGCGCGAACCACGGCGACAAAGAGUGACGCAGGAGCAGAGGUACACUUCAAAGGUGUAAAAUCUCGAUACGUUACAAAAUAAAUACAGUACUGCAAAACAAGAAAAACAGGAUAGCGUUCAUGGAUACGGAUAAUGGAAGGGAAGAAGCUGUUUUGGAAUCACUGAGUAUGGGUUUUUGCGCUCCUGUACCUCCUUCACAAUGGCUGUAAUGAGAAGAAGGCAUGUCCCUGAUGAUGAGGAUCCUUCUUGAGGCAUGCCUUUUGAAGAUGUCCUCACUGGUGGGGAAGGUUGUGCCUGUGAUGCAGCUAGAUGAGUCUACAAUCCUCUGCAGCCCUCUUGCAGUCCUGUGCAGUGGAGCCUCUGUACCAAGCUUGGAUCCAACCAGUUAGAGUCUGUCCACUGUACAUCUAUACAAAUUUGUAAAAGUUUUUGAUGACAUACUGAACUUCUCAGCUUCCUAAUCAAGUUUAGAGUGCUACAGUACAGAAACAGGCCAUUCAGCCCAUCUAACCCAUGCUGGUAUUAUUCUGCCUGGUCCUAUCAGCUCAAACCUGCACCAUAGCCCUCCAUGCCAUUCCAUCCAUGCAUUUAUCCAAACUUAAAUGUUGCAAUCAAACUUGCAUCCACCACUUCUGCUGGCAUCUCGUUCCACACUCGCACCAACCUCUGAGUGAAGAAGGUCUCCCUUAGGUUCAAUGUGAAUAUUUCAACUUCAUAGAAUGGCCUCUUACUUCUGCUUUAAAAUAUUUCUUGAUGAAUCCCUCACUGAUGCUUUUCCACCUCCAGACUGCUGUGAUGUAACAGUUUUGGAAUGUUGCUUUCGUGUUUAAUAAUGGCUAGUUCAUAAGGUAUCAGUUUAGUUACCAUGAACCCAUUCGUGCUUGCACUCUGCAUUGGAUUGGUACAAGACCAGUUUCUAAUCAUUAUUGGUGGUCUGAUUCACUUUGUACCAAGAGAGAUGGUGUGGAUUGUGCUCUCAUUCCUGAAUACCUUUGCUGGUUUUUGAACUGUGAUGAGUUUGGAACAGAACCAGCCAUGCCUUCUGCAGUGGGAAGUGAACUGAGAGUGGAGGAAAUUAUGUAAAAAUUUGAAUUUCAGUGUAGGGAGAAGUAAUUAUAUGAGAUAUGGAUUAAUUGUUACAGGAGAUUGCAAGGGAACAAUGUAGGCUUGUCUGUUCUUAUUUCUUAAUUCUGGACAGUGAUGACUUUCAUUAACUCCUUUUUGCAGGGUAUAAUAAGCAAAGAAUUUGCAGAUGGAAAACUUGACCCAAACUUCACAUCAAAAUAUGACUGACUUUCGAUCUUAUCACUCUUUGAAUAUAAAGGGAGAAAUUUUAAUUUGUCCUGUUUCUGGUAAAAGAUUUCAGACAUCAAUGUUACUGGAAAAACAGUGAGAAGCAUUUAAUGCACUCAGUGGAAAGGACAUCAGCUUGUUACAGAGCCUGAUAAUCAUCUAACCAUUCACAGCAGUGUGAAACUGUACUGUCUGUGUAGACGAGGCUUCAUUUGAUUGUUUGUCCUGAAGAAGGACAAGGACUUUGGAUCAUGGAGGCACCUUGGAAAUGUGGGGACUGUGGGUUGGGAUUCAGUGACACAUCUGAUCUCGAAACCCAUCGGCGCACUCACAGCAAGGAGAAGAGGUUCACCUGUUCCAUGUGUGGAAAACAGUUCGGUCAGUUAUCUGACCUGCUGAGGCACCAGCGAGUUCACACUGGCGAGAGGCCAUUCACCUGUUCAGUGUGUGGGAAGGGAUUCACUCAGUCAUCCAACUUGGUGGCACACCAGCGACUUCACACUGGAGAGAGGCCGUUCACCUGCACCCUCUGUGGAAAGGGGUUUGCUUAUUCUUCCAACCUGCUGAGACACCAGCGAGACCACAUUGGCGAUAGACCAUUCACUUGCUCGGUGUGUGGGAAGGCUUUCAUUCAGUCGUCCGACCUCCUGAUUCACCAGCGGGUGCACACUGGGGAAAGGCCGUUCAUCUGUUCAGUGUGUGGAAAGCAGUACACCCGCUCGUCCAACCUGCUGACACACCAGCGAGCACACACCGGGGAGAGGCCGUUCUCCUGCUUUGUUUGUGGGAAGGGGUUUGCACAGCUUUCCCACUUAAAGUCCCACCAACGGGUUCACAGUGACCGGAAGACUUUUGAUUGUUCUAAUUGUGAGAAAAGCUGUAAGAGCUCAGAGGACCUGUUGAGACACCAGCGAGCUCACUCUGCAGAGAGACUGUUCUCCUGCUCGGACUGUGGGAAGGGGUUCAGUCAGUCAUCGCAUCUGCUCAAACACCAGCGAGUUCACACCGGGGAGAGACCCUUCACAUGCUCCAUGUGUGGGAAGGGGUUCAAAUGUUCAUCCAACCUGCUGAUGCAUCAGCGAAUUCACACGGGGGAGAGGCCCUUUACCUGCUCCAUCUGUGGGAAGGGAUUUGCCCAGUCGUCCAGCCUGCUUACUCACCAGCGAAUUCACACAGGGGAGAAGCCUUUUUCCUGCUCUGUGUGUGGGAAGGGAUUUACUUGUUCAUCCAACUUGCUGGUGCACCAGCGAGUUCACACAGGGGAGAGGCCAUUCUCCUGCUCUGUGUGUGGAAAGGGUUUCACUCAGUCAUCCCACUUGCUGAUGCACCGGCGGGUUCACACUGGAGAGAGGCCAUUCUCCUGCUCAGUGUGUGGGAAGGGAUUUGCUCGUUUAUGCAAUCUGCAGACACACCAACGAGUUCAUAAAUGAUUGCUGAAUUUGUGUUCAGUUCUGGUUGUUGCUCCCUUAUCACUCUGACAGUCUGCAUUUGAUUGUGUUGCUGUUAAACUGUUAACAUUAUUGAUGCACUGUACUUGGCGAAUAAAUUGCUUUUCCUUUCAAUAACAUGUUGGACCUUUAUGUCCCGAAGAUGAAGUGAGUGGUUUCUAUCUCAGAAUGUCACAACUUGUUAAAAUUUGGGUCUUUAAGAUGUUUGAAUUGAAUGGGAUAAAAAUUUCUCUCAUCCAAGAGAGCUAUCCACAAUAGGAUACAUACUAAUCUCUCUUCUGGCAUAUCUAAAGUUACAUGUUUUUGAAAAAGGAUCUAAUGGUUUCCCAGCAUAUAUGACAAAUAAACUCUUCUCAGGCUUCAAGCCCGGUACAGGCCUCAUCCCUGAAGAAGCUGGCAGAGUUUGCCAUCAAUACGUCAGUUAUAAUCAAUAUCUAUACCCGGUUUGAUGCCGGAGAAGAGUUUAUUUGUUAUAUGUUUUUAUUCUCUCAUAACUUUUCAUUUAAGCUUCAUAUAAUGUCAAAAAUGUUUUUUUCUACACUGUUAAAUCACUGUUGUUGUGGAUAUCUGUAUCAGACUCUGUCAUUCAAAUGCAAGUGCAUCACCACGUCAGCUUGGGUAUUUCAAGCCUUGAUAUUAAUGUAGCAAAGGUUCACUGGACCCAGUGUAUCAUCUGAAGAUCAAUACCAGAAAUGAACAUAGUUCUCCAGAAGAU